UCACGUGCCCCAACCCAACACCAAUCUUGUCUUUGGUCGGCCGGAAUAAUAUCUGACUGAAUUAUCACAGAACAUACCCAAGACUUGAAACAAUACGUCAGUACUUUGCCUGACUCAAGCGUCAUAACGCAAGACUUCGUUUCCGGAAAAACUCGUCCCGGUGCACUUGAGGCUUCCGCAGCUAUUUUAGCUUAGCCUAGCCUAGCUUAGCUUCCGAGUUGUGAACAAAAAGACGCGUUUGUUUGCAACACAGCGCAAUAAGCAGAGAUCAGGUUUCACUGAAAUUUGUUGUGAUUAUUUUAUGAAAAUGUGUGCACAAAGUGUGAAAGAAGAGUACGAGGAGCAACAUUGUGGAAUAAAAGAGGACAGUGAGAGAUCACGUCAACGUUUGGACGGCUUUGUCAAGAAGCCUCAAACUGGAUUACACAAAGCAGAUGCCACCGAAGAAGAUCUUCAUGCUGGGCAGAAGUGCCACCACAUCAAAAAGGAAGAGAAGCCUGAGCCCGUGUGCAUGAAAGAGGAGGAGGCUGAAGACGAGUUGCCUUUGUCUUGUGUCAUUGUCAAGAUUGAAGGCGAUGAAGAAGAGGACGAUGAUGAUGACUGUUGUGGAGACAGCCUCUUUGCUCCACUAUCAGACACAACACCAGACACUCAUGAUGACGACGACCACGAUGAUGACCUUGAAAAACAUUCUCAAAGUCAUAUGACAUUCCACACUGACAACAGACACUUGCAGUGCUCUCAGUGUGACAAAACCUUUGGUACUAAGUAUGCUUUGAAAGUGCACAAGAGAACACACGCUGGAGAGAAACCUUUUUCCUGCUCGUUUUGUGGCAAAACUUUUUCUUUUAAGGGAAAGCUAUUAACACACACAAAAACACACACUGGGGAGAAGCCUUUUGCCUGUUCAAUUUGUGGUAAAAGAUUCACUCAGAAAGGAUAUUUGGGGACACACGCAAAAACACACACUGGAGAGAAACCUUUUGCCUGCUCAGUGUGCGGUCUUACACUGACUCAAAAGUCUAAUUUAAUAAUUCACAUGAGAACGCACACUGGGGAGAAACCUUUUGCCUGCUCAGUUUGUGGUAAAUGCUUCUCAAUCAAGAAAAGUUUAAUAAGUCACACAAGAACACACACUGGGGAUAAACCUUUUGUCUGCUCGGUUUGUGGGAAUAAAUUCUCUUCAAAGGGACAUUUAAGAAGACACAUGAGAACACACACUGGUGAGAAACCUUUUUCCUGCUUAGUGUGCGGUCUUAAAUUAACGCAGAAGAAUAAUUUAACCAAACACAUGAGAACACACACUGGGGAGAAACCCUUCGCCUGCUCAGUUUGCAAUAAAACAUUCACCCAGAAGGCACAAUUGAACACGCACACCAGAACACACACUGGGGAGAAACCCUUUCCCUGCUCUGUCUGCACCUACAGUUUCAGUGAACGUUCAAAAUUGGUGCGGCACAUGAGGACACACACUGGAGAGAAAGUGUACAGUUGCAAUGUGUGUGAUGAGAAAUUCUCACACAAGUAUCAGCUUGAUAAGCAUGGCUGUUUUGGUCAACCAGUGAUAGCCCUCAAUAUCAUUUAAAAAGAAACAAUCGAGAUUUCCUGUUCAUGCCCGAGUGUCGUGUAUUAUCUUAUGGACUGUAAGUGUUUUUGCUUACAAGUUUGUUUUGGGACCACAUUCCGUUUUUCACAUAAUAAAAGUGAUUGUCAAGAAACAAA